AUGACUGCUGCAGCGACAGACACUAGCGCGGCGUCGGCAAGUGUGUGCGCUGGCGAAGAUAUGCCGUGGAUGGUCAACAAGUUCGGAGGGACCAGCGUGGCUAGCGCGGAGGCUAUGAGGAUGGUGAAGGACAUCGUUAUGGGCCAGGUCGAAACGCGAGGCGACGCGGGCAAGAUGGCCGUGGUCGUGAGCGCCAUGGGCGGAAAGCCCAAGGUCACCGACCUCCUGCUCAACUCUGUUGCUCUCGCGGCUGCGGGGAAACGCGAGGGCUCUGAGGCUGUGCUGACGUCCAUUCGUGCUAAGCAUUCCCAAGCGAUCGAGCUGCUGGGACUGCCGGCUGAGGACAGCGAGCGAAUCCAAGCCGUGGUGGAGAGCGAUCUCUCCGACAUCAGGGUCCUGCUCAAAGCUGUGCACCUGAUGAGGCACGAGGACGCGAAGAUGAGGGAGCUCGUGAGCGGCUUCGGAGAGGUCUGGUCUUCGCAGAUCUUGUGCGCUCUCCUCAACAAGAACUCGGAGGGCCGGCGUUUCUGCUUCUUGAACGCGAGGAGGGUGUUGAUCGUCGCCGAUCCCCCGGAAGGAGAGGCGAUGUCGACAUCUCCCGGCCCGGAGAUAGACUGGGACGCAUCCCUCUCUAAGCUUGGAGACUUCCUCUCGUCUGAGGAGGCUAAGAGCUGUCCCACGGGCAUCGUCAUCACCGGCUUCGUCGCAUCGACCAAGGCUGGGGUGGCCACCACGCUCCAGAGAGACGGGAGCGACUAUUCUGCGAGCAUUUUCGGGAAGCUUCUGCAAGCUUCGGCCGUGCAGAUCUGGACAGACGUGGACGGCGUUCUCAGCGCCGAUCCCAGGAAGGUUCCCGAAGCUAAAGUGUUGCCGGAGGUGUCGUUCAACGAGGCGGUGGAGCUGGCCUACUUCGGCGCCAAGGUCAUCCACCCCAAGACCAUGCAGCCCGCCGUCACCGCGGGGAUCCCCAUCUUCAUCAAGAACACCUUCAACCCCGCCUUUCCCGGCACGAGGAUAUUCACCUCCAGCACGGCAACCAAGGACAGGAGACGGUGCAUUUGCGGCUUCAGCACGAUGGACAACAUCGCCCUCCUCAACCUGGAAGGGAUGGGCAUGGCGGGACACCCCGGGGUGGCGGCGAGGCUCUUCGGAGCUCUCCAGCGCGUGGGGAUAUCGGUCAUCCUGAUUUCUCAGGCAUCGUCUGAACACAGUAUCUCCGUGGCGAUAGAGGCAGCGGGGGCCGCGGUGGCGAAGAAGGUCACGGAAGAGGCGUUCGCCGUCGAAAUCAGAAGCGAAACCGUCGCCGUGGAUGUCAUCAGCCCGUGCUGCAUAGUGGCCGCCAUCGGAGACGGUAUGAGUCACACCACAGGCGUGUCUGGCCGCUUCUUCGAGGCCCUGGGGAGCGCCAGCAUCAACGUGCUCGCCAUCGCGCAGGGGUGCAGCGAGAGAAAUAUCUCGUGCGUGGUGGAGCAGCGGCAGAGCGCCAAGGCUCUCAGGGCGGUGCACGCGGCCUUCCUGUUGUCGCACUUGACGGUGAGCGUGGGCGUGGUCGGGACGGGCACGAUCGGAGCCAGCUUGCUGGGCAUGCUUGUGGAGCAGAGGGAGGUUCUCCGCACGCAGUUUCACCUCGACUUGCAGAUCAGGGCGGUCGCUAACGCGGACAAGAUGUUCCUCAGUGGAACCCCCAUCAACCUCGCUCGCUGGAACGACUCCCUCAACGCCCCACCGGGUGUUGAAGAAGAGAGGGAAGGCAUGCGGGGGCUCGGGGCCAACCCUUGCGACUACGGCGACGGGGCCGACGGCGGCGGGGACACCGGGUGCGCGCAGCCCCUGGACGUGCCGGCCUUCGUGGACUUCGUUAAGUCGGACCACCUCCCGCACUCGGUGAUCGUGGACUGUUCUACGGCGGACGGGGCCACGAGCGACCACGCUUCCUGGCUGUCGCUGGGGUUGCACGUGGUGAGCAGCAACAAACUAGCGAGCGGAGGAGCCCUCGGCAGCUACCAUGAGCUGCUGCAGGCUCGAGACACCAGUCCCGCAAGCUACCACUACGAGACCACGGUUGGUGGGGCUUUGCCCGUCGUCUCCACUCUACAGAACCUGCGGAGCGCCGGGGACGAGGUGCUGCGGAUAGAGGGCGUCCUCAGCGCCUUCCUGUCGUACGUCUUCAACAGGAUCUCUCCUGGCCCUGACUGCAGCAGCAGCAGCGGCGGCGGCGGCAGCGGCAAGCAGCAGGAAGAGCCCGUGGCGUUUUCGAAGGCGUGCUGGGAGGCCGCCGAGCAGGGGCUCAUGGAUCUAGGAGACGUGGUGAAGGAUCUGGGCUGCGAAGAUCAGCGACGGGUGCUGCUCAUCUUGGGUCGGGAAAUGGGUCUCGAGCUGGAGGAAAGCGACGUCAAACUUGAACCGGUACUGGAUGUUUCCAACGAAGUAGGCGGAGGCGAAACGGUCGCGAGGGUGUCUGCCUUGGACGCGGAGAUGAAGCGGAGAGUGGAAGCCGCGAGCGGGGCAGGGAAGGUGCUUCGGUACAUCAUCAAGGUUGAGUGCAACGGUGCUAACGGCAGAGAGGAGGCGACGGCCGGUAUCCGAGAAGUGGAGAUGAGUCAUCCUUACGCCGGCCUCAAAGGAGCCGCCUUCUGUGUCAUGUACCAGACUAAGCGCAUGGGAGAAUCGACACCGAUGAUCCUGCAGGGACCCAUGGGGGGGCCCGAGACGGUUGCAAGCGGGCUGCUUGCCGACCUGCUCCGCGUGUGUACCUCCCUGGGAGCGAGGGAUCGCGGACACGGCCACCUCAUGAAAAGCGCGAGUUCCGUUGGCCUGGCCGGCGCGUCUCGUAGCUGA